AAAAGACAAAAGAAGCAAAAAAAACCAUUUAAAGAAUACAAUACCUUUCCUUUGUAGCCUUACCAAAGCUUAGCAUCUAAAACCAGUUCCUCUCCUUAGCCACCAAGAAACCCAUAACUCUACAUAAAACCAUCACAAGCUUCUCCAUUCUUAAGGUUUAUCUUUCAUCUUCGUCUGCAAGAACCUAUUACACUAACAAAACCAACACAUAUCAUAAGUACAGAGAAGAUCACUGGAGAUAUGAGUGCAGACUGGGGACCAGUGAUUGUAGCAGUGGCUCUGUUCAUCCUACUCUCACCAGGAUUGCUCUUUCAGCUACCGGCAAGGACAAGAGUGAUGGAGUUUGGUAACAUGAGCACAAGUGGCAUUUCGAUUUUGGUCCACGCCAUUAUUUACUUCUGUAUACUCACCAUCUUGGUCAUAGCCAUACAAAUUCACAUCCAUUUCUGAUCUUCUAGUAUAACAAAGUCGACCUUAUUUGUAUUCAAAGUUUGCCUUUUUCUGCUACUUAUUUUGCUAAUCUCUGAAUUCUCGGCU